CAGCAUCAUGGCGGAGACGACCAUAUCUCCGGUAUACGUCCAAAAUCCGCAACCAGUGCCGACAACAAGCUGGCCAAUUACCCGGGAGUCCUAUGAGCUCCAGGAGGUUAUCGGCAGCGGGGCUACAGCCGUGGUGCAGGCCGCUCUCUGCUCCCCCCGGCAGGAGCGCGUGGCCGUGAAGCGGAUAAACCUGGAGAAGUGCCAGGCCAGCAUGGACGAGCUGCUGAAAGAGAUUCAAGCAAUGAGCCAGUGCAGCCAUCCCAAUGUUGUCACAUACUACACCUCAUUUGUUGUAAAAGAUGAGCUGUGGCUAGUCAUGAAACUUCUAAGUGGAGGGUCCAUGUUGGAUGUAAUCAAACACACGGUCACCGGCGGAGAGAACAACAAUGGAGUCCUGGAUGAACCUAUCAUAGCCACCAUUUUGAAAGAGGUAUUAGAAGGCCUGGAUUACCUGCAUAGAAAUGGGCAGAUCCACAGGGAUGUAAAAGCUGGGAACAUUCUUCUAGGAGAGGAUGGUUCAGUCCAGAUUGCAGAUUUUGGAGUCAGUUCAUUUCUAGCUACUGGAGGAGACGUGACACGAAACAAAGUUCGGAAGACCUUUGUGGGGACCCCAUGCUGGAUGGCUCCUGAAGUAAUGGAACAGGUACGAGGUUAUGACUUCAAAGCAGACAUCUGGAGUUUUGGAAUCACGGCCAUUGAAUUAGCCACCGGAUCUGCACCCUACCACAAAUACCCACCCAUGAAGGUCCUAAUGCUGACAUUGCAGAAUGACCCGCCCACACUGGAAACUGGUGCGGAGGACAAAGAGAUGUUGAGGAAGUAUGGCAAGUCCUUUAGGAAGCUGAUAACCCUGUGUCUUCAGAAAGACCCCACUAAGAGGCCUACUGCUGCGGAGCUUUUGAAAUGCAAAUUUUUCCAAAAGGCAAAGAACAGAGAGUAUCUAAUCGACAGACUGCUGAACAGAGCGCCAAAUAUUGGUCAAAGAGCCAGAAGGGUGAGGAGAGUGCCAGGGUCGAGCGGACACCUCCACCGGACGGAGGACGGGGACUGGGAGUGGAGCGACCACGAGCUGGACGAGGGGAGCGAGGAGGGAAAGGCCGCAGCCAAUCAGGGCAGGUCACGAAGGAUCCACGCAGAAGGCCAAGGAGAGGAAGCCAAUGGCAGGGGCGUCCCCGUCGACCGGCUGUCCGCCGGCCAUCCCCAGGUCCAGCCUUUUGAGGACCCCACCCCCUGCGCUCCAGGCCAGACUGCCGUUAACAUGGUGCUUCGCUUAAGAAACUCCAGGAAGGAGCUGAAUGACAUACGAUUUGAAUUUACUCCUGGUCGAGACACUGCAGAUGGAGUGUCUCAGGAGCUCUUCUCAGCCGGCCUUGUGGAUGGACACGAUGUCCUUGUGGUUGCUGCUAAUCUUCAGAAGAUUGUAGAGGAUCCAAUUACCUACAAAGUAUUGACCUUUAAACUGGCUUCAGGCAGUGAAGGCGCGGAGACGUUCGAUGAGGUGAAGCUGGUGGGCUUCGCCCAGCUGAGCGUCAGCUGAUCGCUCCUGGCCUGGUACGGGUGUGGAAGUGGGCGGAUUUGGGCUCGCGGCAGACGCACAGGAGAAGCACAGCCAGGCACUGCGAGCCUCUCUAUCCUGCGGUUCCCCCUGCUGCUCAUCGGAGCAGAACGCCAGUAGGAUGCUUCUGGAAUUCUACCAGAGCUCUGCUAGAAGUAAAAAUUCCACUGUAACUCCGUGGGAUCUCUGCUGAAACUCUGCUAGAACUCUCUGCUAAAACCCCCCACUAUAAUUAUGCUGCAGCUCUUCUAGCACUAUGUCAGAACCAUGUUGUAACUCUGUUUUAAUUCUACAUUAACACUAGAAAAUGAUAUGGCUGUCACUUCACCUUCGACUCCCUUUACAAGGACCAGAACUGAAAGAACUGGGGUAUAUUGGUAUAUAAACUCAGGUGGUAUAGUCAUUUUAGAGGAGGCUGUGCUAUUGUCAUACCUCUCCUUUCAGUGUAGCUUUAACUUCCCUUAUUUAUUGAACUGAGGAUACUUUCCUCCGUGUUUUGUUCCCAUUUUCAAAGUAAAGCGCUCGCGUCUUCAUCACGUGCAUUACGGAACGUACAAUUGAUGUAAAAAGCAAUUAGCGGGAAUAGUACUCACUGUCAGAAUGUAAAGUUUGUUUCAAACCACAUUUUGAUGGCUACAUUAUAAUUGUUGAAUUCAAUUUAAUGAACUGUACAGUGUCUCGAACAAAGAUUAAUCCAAGCAAAACGGGAAAAUGAGACGGCAGAAUAGGAGUGAGCCGUAAAAUCGCUUUUUUAAAAAGUCAGUGUUGAAAAUAAUAAUAAAAUAUAUAUUUAACAAAGAACAAAAACGCUGGAGGUGCCUUGCUCAUCAAAUUGUGCCUGAAGAUUUUGGCAGCAUUUCGCAGCCUGACCACAACGGGCUUCAAAGAGAACGCGUUCAUGGUUCAUACGAUAAGGAAGGAAGAGACCCGACCCUUAAAACACAUCGUGUGGUGUUCAUAGCACAAAGCCAUAGGCUAGGCAGCUCAUGAUAAACAACGUCCGUCACCUUAAUGGACAGUAACAGUUUCUGCAAUAUCUCUGAUUGUUGAUCAUUAGAGUAUGGCAUUUCCAUUACAGCCUUGUCCUCUUACAGAUAUUCUGUUGAAAUGAGUAUUUCACCAUUGAUUGCAAGCUUUGACAGAAAAGCUAUCGUGCACUUUUAGCCGCAGUAUAUGUACAGUAUGCCCUCCUUGGGCGAUUCACCCUAUGAUUUCUGCACAGAAUUGAACCUGUAAGCAUUGUCAGCCGUAAAAAAGAUACCAUAACUAUUAAAUAACACAUAAACUGCAAUACAUAGAUUUUACAGAACUUGAAUACUGAAAAAUAUGCUUAUAUCUUACUGCAUUGCAGAAAUGGUGUCUUUCUGAAACACAUUUAGUCUCAGAAAUAUACUGUAUAAUGAUGUACCUGAAAACAAAACCUACUGAAGAAUAUUGAGUCAUCAUUUGUCCGAUAAGUACAGUAGCUCUCAAGUAUUUUUUAAACUAUUUAAGUAAUACUAUUAACUAAUUAAUUCCCAAGCUGUUUGUUAUUGUGUUUUCUAUAUAUAGUAGUAUAUACAGUGUCUGCAUAUUAAUCCUGUCCCCUUAUAAGCAUUAUUUAAAAUGUCAGGAAAAAGGCAAAUAAAAUAUUGCUGUUAAAAAACAA